AUGGGUGUCACAAAGAGAGUGCUCAAAAAGGGCAAUGGAGUAGACAAGCCAUCAAAAGGCGACGAAGUGGUGAUCAACUACAAAGGGUGCCUUUAUGACCCGACUGCCGCUGAUAGGAACUACAUGGGAGACGAAUUUGAUUCUUCCAACGAUAGAGGGAACUUCACAACCACAAUCGGCAUUGGGAAAGUUAUUCAAGGUUGGGACGAGGCUGUUGUUAAUAUGAGCCUUGGUGAAAGGAGCAUCCUGACCAUCAGUGGGUAA